AUGAUAAAGCGCAAGAGGGGAGGACCUGCGUUCCAACUAGUCCCUGAAGCACAAAGGUGUUUCACGGGCUUGCAUUUCUACUAUAUUCCCAACGAUGAUGUCAAUCCCGUACGAAAAGCUCGCAUCAAGAAAGCUAAAGAACAUGGCGCGACGUGGACUAGGGGCCUGGAGACUGCCACCCAUGUCAUUGUGGAUAAACAAUUUACGUACGCCGACAUUGAGAGCACCUUAGCCAAGGCGGCUUGCACUACUGACAAGAUCAUUGUCAACGAGACCUAUCCGCUCGAUUGUCAGGGGUACCACGCUCUCGUCAAUCCAGACCAACCACACUACAAGGUGCCUGGUUUCCCCUUAGCUGACACGCCUCAAGCUUCCACGUCAGAAACACCAGCUGAUCUACCUGGUCAGUCUCAAACGUCAGAACAGUCGCUGGAGUUGAAGCCACGUCGUAACGCCCCCUUGACACGGGCCUACGUGCCGCCACGCGCUACACCGGAGCGGAAUUGUGGUUCACAGAGAAGCCCAGAGCCCAGAGCAACUCAAGUCAUACCUUCAUCCCUUCAGGGUAAACGGCACAAUCCGGCAAGUCCUGAACCAGAUGACCGAGCUGCCUCCGCUAAGCAUCAGUCCAGCAACUCAUCACCACCGGGUCCAGAAGAUGAGCUCACCAAGUACAUGAAGCUGGCUCGUGAUCAUUUCAGUGACUUUAUUCUAGACGAUGAAGAGGAGGUAUUGGCAACCGUCGAUGGAGGGGCAGAAACAGGCAGUUCCGACGAGGAACGCCAAAAUAAGAAGCAGCGAUCCACGAAAAAGCCGGUUAAGUAUGCAGAUAAUGACGUGUCAUGGCAAGACAAAUUUGCGUGUAUGAAAGGCGGCACGGAAGGUUCCAAGGACUCUGACAGUCCCAACGCAAGAACCAUUGAGGUUCUGCAAAGCAUGUGCGACUACUACAGUCGUGUUAAUGACCACUGGCGCGUCAAUGCUUAUCGCAAAGGCAUCGCGACCCUUCGUCGGCUGAAUUGGAAAGUCACUACAUACGAAGAGGCAUUCCCCCUUCCCGAUAUUGGCCACCGACUGGCACAGAAAAUUGAAGAGAUCGCUACAACGAAUCGACUGCUAAGAUUAGAGUAUGCUCAACAAGAUUCCGUGGCCGAGGUCCUGGACCAGUUUUUGAAGAUCUAUGGCGUGGGCCUGAGUCAAGCAAACAAGUGGAUUUCUCAGGGAUUUCGGACCAUCGAGGAUCUCAAAAAGCAGGCAAAUUUGACCAUAAAUCAGCGGGUAGGGAUUGAGCACUACGAGGAUCUGAACACGAGAAUACCCCGCCAAGAGGUACAAGCCUUGGGCGAUUGCGUCAAAAGAGCAGCCGCAGCCAUCGAUCCAGCCGUGGAGUUGCUGAUUGGAGGUAGCUAUCGAAGGGGGUCGGAAAGCUCGGGUGACAUUGACUUCAUCAUCACCAAGACAGGUACAACUUCUACUGACGAGCUUGUCCCGUUUCUCGACAAGCUAGUCCGCAAGCUGGGCGACGAUGGUUUCCUUACGUGCACCCUUGCCGCUCUUCGCCACAGCGAGACUAAGAGUCAGGGUAGUAAAUGGCAUGGUUGUUGUGUGUUGCCCCAAAGUGACUUCCCUGGCAAAACCGACGAGCACCGCCCUAUCUGGCGACGAAUCGACCUCCUCUUGGUCCCAGAGACGGAAUUCGGCGCUGCCGUAAUCUACUUUACCGGCAACGAUAUUUUCAACCGGUCCAUGCGGUUGCUGGCAUCCAAGAAAGGAAUGCGGCUUAACCAGAGGGGGUUGUACAAGGACGUGAUGAGAGGCUUCGACCGAGUCAAGCUUUCAGAGGGCCAGCUGAUUGAAGGAAAAGACGAAGAGAAGAUCUUCGAGAUCUUGGGCGUCACGUGGCGAGAGCCGCAUGAGAGAUGGUGCUAA